CUGCCCCUGUGCGCCUGUGGCGCUGUCAAUAAAGUUGGUGGAACGCGAGACCUCCCUCCCUCCCCGCCCGCUGGCUUCGGCCCUCGCGCUCGCUCCGCGGGCAGCCGAUUGGUCGCGGCCGCCGCCGCUCUCGGCCUUGGGCCAGUGGGCGGCCUAGGCCGCCCCUUUCUCCCCGCCCCUCUCCCGCUGCCCGGCGCUGCGAGCGAGCGGCUGCUGCGCGGACACUGAGGCACCAUGUUCCGCCGAAAGCUGACGGCGCUGGAUUACCACAACCCCGCCGCCUUCAACUGCAGAGAUGAAACAGAAUUUAGAAACUUUAUUGUCUGGCUCGAAGACCAGAAAAUUAGACACUACAAGAUUGAAGACCGAGGAAAUCUAAGAAACAUACACAAUGACGAAUGGCCUAAAGCCUUUGAAAAGUAUCUGAAAGAUGUUAACUGUCCCUUCAAGAUACAAGAACGACAGGAAACAAUUGAUUGGCUUCUUGGGUUAGCUGUUAGGCUUGAGUAUGGAGAUAAUGCUGAUAAGUAUAAAGACUCCACGCCUGACAGUGCUAAAAAUACUGAUAAUGCAGCAAAAAAUGCAGAGCCACUGAUAAACUUGGAUGUGAAUAAUCCUGACUUUAAGGCUGGAGUGAUGGCUUUGGCUAACCUUCUUCAAAUCCAGCGACAUGAUGACUAUUUGGUAAUGCUUAAGGCAAUUCGCAUUUUGGUUCAAGAGCGCUUGACUCAGGACGCCAUAGGAAAGGCAAAUCAAUCAAAGGAGGGUUUGCCUGUUGCUUUAGAAAAGCACAUUCUUGGUUUUGACACAGGAGAUGCUAUUCUUAAUGAAGCUGCCCAAAUUCUUCGAUUGCUGCAUAUAGAGGAACUCCGAGAGCUGCAAACAAAAAUUAAUGAAGCCAUCGUAGCAGUUCAGGCAAUUAUUGCUGAUCCAAAGACAGACCACAGACUGGGGAAAGUUGGAAGAUGAGCAAGUGAAGACUGUAGUCUCCUGUGUACUUAGUACAAUUAGGAGUUAUGUACAACUCUGGCAUGCAUUUUGAAGUGGAUAUUCCACUCUUUUGAAAGAAAAGAGGAAAUGGAAUCCUGAUUGGUCUAGUGAAUUACCAUCAUUCUUUAAAUAAAGUUGGGGAAAU